UGAAUCACAAGGUGUAUCAGUACAAACAAUGAAUAUUACAAUCAUUGCAUUGGUUCAGUUCAGCAGUUCUACCUGCUGUGCUGACAGGCUAAAUGCUGACUGUUUAUAUGUGUAGUAUACACAGUCUUAGUUCUGCACUUUUACAUUCGGAGCUGACAAGAACUUAAUCAGCACGAUUGCCUUGAUUGUGAACAGCAGCAGUUCAACAGGGUCACUGCCAGUUUGGGCUGGCCCUACUUAUCAAGGUAACGUUUAGCAUUACAUCAAUAAAGAAACAAAGAAACGGACAGACAGAUAGAUAAUAGAGAUAAAUAGAUAGAUAGGUAGAUAAAUCACUAUAGACACUAUAAGACAGUAUUAAUUUCAGUGCCUGUUUAAGCCAGGUAUGUAGGCAGUAUUUCCCAAUGAUUGGAGGUUCGCAUCAAACAGCCUGUUCUUUGGAUUGUUGCAGCAGGCAAAGUACUGACUGUACCCAGCUAGCCCGAGCUUGCAAAACUCAAAACAUCCUGUCCAACAUUAUAUGUGAUUCCGCGAUUGAACAGCACUUGCUAACCAAUCCUGAUUCUGCUAACAAUUGCAUUGAAAACCAAUUUAAGAUUGUCAGUCGGGUUUGCAGUCUGGCUCAGUGACGAAUGUUUGAAUUCACAGAUAUUCAAACACAGGCCCUGUCCUUUGCAGACUGAAGCUGCAUGUGUAUGAAUAAAGCCAUUUCCAAACAAUCAAUAAGCUUGGGGGACCGCGAUUCCCAGGUUCAUUCUCCAUGAUGAUGCCUUAACAAGCAGAGUCGACCUGCCUGGUUUGAAUGUGAAACAAGGAGCUUAGCAGUUAACAGUUAUCUUUCCUCUGCUGCAGCACCCAUGGCAACUGCUCUAGCAAUCAGAGCUCACUUCCUAACCAAUCAGCAAUCUCUUCUCAUGCAAGUUAACUUGUAAGCGUAUUUACUGCUGGUUUACCUGGUGCAGUUAUCCUGAUGAGGGCAAGACGGACAACUUGGAAAGCAUGCCUCUUGUUCAGCAACACAUGUAUUUAAUUUUCAUUCUCGAACAGUGACUGAAAACAAUUGAUAAAACUCUCAGGUUUAUUUCUGGAUCAUUAUCUUAUAAUAAGGAUGCAAACGCUCUGAAACUUUGCUUUCUUGAGGAGACUAAGGUGAACUGCCCUGACUGUAAGUUUAAAAUUUCAAAGAGUAGAUGUAAAGAUAUGAUUUCAAUUUUUGGUCAAGUAAACUGUUCAAAACGAAGGCCUAAAUCAUUAGACAGCCACUUUCAAGUCCUAUAGAGUAUUCAGGAGAAACAGAUACAGCCAGAGACUGAUAACAGCGCGAAAUGCCUUGCCACAAGAUGUAAUUGAGACGAAUAGAAGGGGGGUGUCUUUAAAGGGAGUAUAAAUAGUUACUUGAGCGAGAAAGGAAUAGAGGAUCUGUUGAAACAGUGAGAUGAAAUAAAGUCGAAGAGCUUUAUAGGAAUCAUAAACAGCAGCUUAGGGCUAUUUACCCAAUUGGCCUAUUUCAAUGUUUUAACUCGUAUGUCAUACCGCUUUUUCUUAUCAAAUUCCAUCUUGCUUUCCAUUUUUUUGUCUGGUCAAGCGUAAUUUACGCCGCUGGAGGGCGCUUGAAAAAACCCCCGAGUUUCCCGGGCUUCAUGAAUUUACCUGUUCCUCCUGCGUGAUUGGAGAAUGUAAUGGGCAACAACCAUUCCGCCCGCCAGGCGCACACCAACCUGUUUAUGAACUGUAAUAACAAGCUAGCACCGGCAGGUGCCAGCAAAGUGCGGCUUACUUUCACCAGACAAAAUGUUGGGCCAUUUCUCCAACCAGUGAGCGCAAGCCGGGUGAACGUAAAUAAUUGAUGACUGUGGAAUACAAGGAACAGGGUGUUUCCGUGUUCUGGCCCGAGCUGGUCGUAUGGAGAAUAAUAUGAAACACAACAAGAAUGAGUAAACCCAUGCCGAGCAAAGGCAGCGAACUAGACCGGGCAGCAAUGAUUUAGGAAAUGAAAUGUCAGGUUGUGCGAGAUGCAGCUUUGGAAUACAUUGGAGACAGUGGAACGCUGCAGGACCUCGCGGCCACUGCUCCAACUUUGUUCCCAGAAACGGGGAUGAAACUUCCGCGUCGGAGUGAAUUCAGAUUAAAGCCCGGGAGAGGAGCGAGAUCCGGGGUGAGGACAUCGCGGAGAGACAGAGAAAGAAACCAGGGGAGACAGGUCCCUCCCCGGAGAACGGGAGACCCCACCCCCCAACCACCGCCACCAAUGAAGCUGAACACCCGGGCGGUGGCCGCCUAUGCGCUGCGCCCAUGGCCCGUGGACCGCCAGGGCUUCCUGCUGAUGAAGGGGCAGCUGAAGCCCUCGUACCACCGCCGUUGGUUCGUGCUGCGGGGCAACCUGCUCUUCUACUUCGAGCGGCCGGGCGAGGCGGUGCCGCAGGGGCUGGUGCUGCUGGAGGGCUGCGCGGUGGAGCUGUGCCCGCCGGCGCCCAGGGGGGGGAGCUGGGCCUUCUCGCUGGGCGGCGGCGGCGGGUGGGCCGCUGGCGGGCGCCGGUACGAGCUGGUGGCCGAGGGGCCCGAGGAGCAGGAGGCCUGGGUCCGCGCCCUCUCCUGCGCCAGCCUGGCCUACCUGCGCGGCCUGGUGCGCGACCUGCAGGCCCAGUACGACGGGCUCCACAGGAGCCCCGGGUGGGGCGGUGCCGCCGCCGUCUCCCCGGCAACGCUGUGGCGGGAGGCCGAGGGCCGGAGCCUGGGGGCAGCGUCUCCCCCCGGCGGGCGGCGCCCCCGCCGCUGGCCUGGGCCCUGGCCCUCUGAGCGGGCGGCCCGAGACCCCCGGCCCCAGCCCCAGGCCCCCAACCCCCCCGAUGACUUCCUGAGCCUUCACCGGCGCUACGGAGCCGAGGUGGAGCGGGCGCGGAGGGAGUGGCAGCUGAGGAGGGCACGGGGGGUCUCGGACCAGCCGCCCGUGGGGACCCUGAUCGAUUGGAGCUGAUAACCCCCACCCCCACCCC